AUGACCACAAUGAUGAUCCAUGACAUUAUUGCAACCCACUUUGCAAUUCCUGAUUUUUCGUUUUGUCCCCUAGCUUCGUUUUCAAGGGCUUGGGCAGUGAACAAUGAACCACUGGUCUCGCUCGAAGCAGAGCUGGUCCAGGUAGUAGCGCUGUUUGCCCAAACCAAACAAGUGCUUUCGGUGACAACAGAGGUGACUGUCACAGUUGGUAGUGUUGCUUCACUGGUCUCGCUGGUAGAGGUCGAUUCCGUGGAGGUGGUUGCAGCCGUUGAAGUGGCUUCGCCGGACGAGGUCGGGCUUGUCGUUGGAGUUGGGGUUGCAGGAAUCGACCAGGUUGUGCUACUAGUCUCUGGAGUGACUGUCGACACCACGGUGACGGUCGGUCCCACAAUGAGAGUCGAUCCAGUACUGGCAUCAAUAGAGGUGGAGACUUCUGUGUCGACCAAAGUGACAGUCUCACCGACCACUGUUGUCACGACAUACUCCGAAGUGGUAGUAGGAAGCUCCUCCGUGGAAGUUUCUUCUGUUGUAGGUGAGACUGAAGUUGUAGGGGUGGUGAAGGUAGAAGUUUCCGGAGUAGCAGUUGUGGAAGUGGAGGUGGCAAGGGUAGGAGUUGAGGUGGAGGUGGUUGAGGUAGUAGUUGGGGUAGAAGUGGUUGAGGUAGUUGUUGGGGUAGUUGUUGAGGUAGUUGUCGGAGUAGUGGAUGUGGUUGAAGAAGUGGAGGUUGAAGUUGGGGUAGUGGAUGUGGUGCCCGGAGUGGUUGACGUGGUGGUUGGGGUACUGGAUGUGGAGGUUGAGGUUGAGGUUGGGGAGGUUGACGUAGAAGUCGAAGACGACUCAGUGGUGGAUGCCUCUGAGGUGUCGGUGUUGAUGGUUCCUUGUAGGGAAGAAGCAGUGGUGAUCAGCACACAUCCGUCACAAGAGAAAUCAGGGUUAUACUUGAGGUCAGAAGGGGAGACGGGGGGCGCGGGAACUUACUCUGGUGGUAUAAGCAGAAGCCAACUGGCUUGCCACAAGGACAACGGUAUAUGUAGACAAUCUCAUCAGAAAUCAAAUGCCUGA